CCGACCCGCAAAAACUGCCUUCUCCUAAAAGAAACGUUGUCAACCUCUAAUCUCUCCUCCGUUUCCAACCUCUCCAUCUCCACUCCAUCACCACCGUCGUCCUUUUCGUACUUUUGGGUUUUUCGCUUCAUCACAAUGUCCAACACGGCCACUCCCCCUCCCACCUCUACGGGCUCGACCCAGGUCGAUGCUAUCAAGCAGGCCGCUGCCGCCCACACCCCCCAGAAGCUCUCCGGCGUCGCUCUCUACUCCCGCUUCGCCUUCGCCGGUGCCGUCUGCUGUUCCGUCACCCACGGUGCCUUCACCCCCGUCGAUGUCGUCAAGACCUCCAUCCAGCUUGACCCCAUCAAGUACAACCGCGGCCUGAUCGGUGGCUUCCGCCAGAUCAUCGCCGAGAAGGGCUUCGGUGCCGUCUGGACUGGUGUCGGCCCUACCUUCGCCGGUUACUUCCUCCAGGGUGCCUUCAAGUUCGGUGGUUACGAGUUCUUCAAGCAGCAGGCCAUUGACAAGUUCGGCUACGAGGCCGCCGCCAACAACCGCACCGCCGUCUACCUUGGUUCCUCCGCCUGCGCCGAGUUCUUCGCUGACAUCGCCCUCUGCCCCCUUGAGGCUACCCGUAUCCGUCUCGUCUCUGACCCCAACUUCGCCUCCGGUCUCGUCUCUGGUUUCGGCAAGAUCCUCAAGACUGAGGGUGUCGGUGCUUUCUACUCUGGUUUCGGUCCUAUCCUCUUCAAGCAGGUUCCUUACACCAUGGCCAAGUUCGUCGUCUACGAGAAGGUUGCUGAGGCCAUCUUCGCCCGCUACGACAAGAACACCAUGUCUGCCCCCAUGCAGACCGUUUCCAACCUUGGUGCCGGUCUGAUCGCUGGUUUCGCUGCCGCCAUUGUCUCCCAGCCCGCCGACACCAUGCUCUCCAAGAUCAACAAGACCAAGGGCGCUCCUGGUGAGGGCACCACCUCCCGUCUGAUCAAGAUCGCCAAGGAGCUCGGUAUCCGUGGCUCCUACGCCGGUAUUGGUGCCCGUCUGUUCAUGGUUGGUGGCUUGACGGCCGGACAGUUUGCUAUCUAUGGCGAUAUCAAGAAGGCUCUUGGUGCCGUUGGCGGUGUUGAGAUUGCCGCUGUCAAAUAGAUAACGAAAUAUCCUCGGGACGACAAUAGGAGACGUGGUGAUGAAGCAAAUAGAGGACCAUCUCCUACGGGGGAUGGCGGGGCAUGAUUUCAUUUGAAAGAUCACUUGCGUUUUCUCAUCUUCAUAAGCAUUUUCCGGGAAUCGCUUCUCGUCUUGUCUUCUCUCGUCUAGCCUUUGGAAAGAGAGAGGGCCUGUUUGUUAUAGAUUAGACAUCUCUCUUUGGGGAAGGGGGGGAGCACAAAGACGCUCCGUCUUCCGGGGGAGGCUGUAACAGUAGGCCGCAAUCCCUUAAUAGCUAGAAUUAGAUGGAUGGGAAUGAUAGGUUCGGCGCCUCAUGGAUGC